CGUUAAACCCGCCACCACCCGGCACAGCCAAUUAGUAAAGUUUAUCACGUAAACAGAACAUGCCAGCUCGUUACUCGUACGGCACACCGGUGUGUUGGGAGAGCAAAGCGACAACAUUCGCAAUCACCAGUGGUUGUUGGGAGAGUAGUCUACACGCAUUCAGUGUCGAGGGGAGGGUGAUGCCAACCCCUACCCCGUAGGGGAGGGUUCAAGCACACCCCGAACUCCGGAGCGACAGAGGUGACAUACCCCCACCCUUAUGCAAACCUACCCCCCCACCUCAACCGUCAUCCCAUUCCCUUCAUCGACUUCAUCCGCAGCACCACAUCUUGUAUGCGUGCAGAACACUUGACUCACGGUGCAAGGUACCUGUUGGCUAAUUUAUUCACAAGUACGUGUGUUAAUUGUUUAAAUUGGUAAGUUUACGUGUUACGUUGCCGAUUCGUUCUUGACGUUAAUUAAGUGAAUUGUUUCAUCAUUAAGGAAUAGAACGCGUUCCGGGUGUGCGUUCCGGGUGUACGUCCCGGGAUCGAGGGAGUGUGUUUAAUUGACCGUGGCAGAUUGUACAGUUCUUCAGCAUCAGCAUUGAUCUUUCCACUGCCGGACGCAGGCCUUUUUAAGCUGAUGUGAUGUAAUGAAUAUAAUCGGCGUAGCACCUUCAAAACAGCUGAUAUAUUUGCUCCGUCUGUUCGAUGGAUAUUGGAUGAUGAUACACGCUGAUAAAUGGUGGUGAUAAGGAUGAUAGUGGUGGUGAGGAAAGUAGCAAUGCUCAUUUGAAACAGAAUAACCAAAUUACAAAUUUGUUAAACCCGCCACAGCCAAUUUGUAAGGUUUGUCACGUAAACAAAACAUGCCAAGUAGUCACUAGUUCAGCACACCGGUGUGUUAGAGAGUAAGUCCACAGCAUUUACAAUUCGAGUAUGGCGUUUCGCUGUCUAUUAUAACCAGCAUUAUCAGGUGACAGCCAGACUUCUUACUAGUUGGCUGUGUCGGGUGGUGUUGAGUUUAACGACACAUAUUUACGCGAUCUAACCCAAAAAAAAACCUCUCAUGUAUAUAUUGGUCGCGAAAUCCUGCUACGUGUUAAACAGAAUAACCAAAUUAUACUGCCAACCCACUUUGGAAGUACAUGGUUUCGGAAAGAUGUCUAUUUCUGAGGUGGCCACAAAAUGUACUAUUAAUCAGAUUCUAGAAAAGAGCAAUGAAUGUUAAUGACCAUUGUACUAAAGCCUUUGUAGAUGUCGAUGAAUGCAAAACUAAAUGCGGUUAUCCCAGCUCUCGCACACUGAGGCCUAAAUAAAACCUGUUUUUACAUGAAUCAAUUUACAAAGUGGAUCAUCCAGACUCGGAUUACACGAAGAGAAAUAAAUACAUGUUAAAAAAAAAGUUGCAAGCUCUCACUACAGUUUUUCAAAGUGGCAGAUAUUUCAUUAAGCUUGUAUUGGGGGAAACAAAGGUAUACAUAUUAAUGUAUUAAAUAAUAACCGUCAAAUUUGCUGAUGACACGUGAGAUUGUACUACAGGAAUUGAACAAAAAUGCAUUCACAACAGCAUGAGGUUUGUGAUUUUGAGAAGUUGGUUAACGAUUAACUUCGAGAUUCGAUAAGCCACCAGCCUCUCCCUGUCACGGGUAUAUUUAUCUUUCCACCGAUAAACUGAAAAAAAUUUCGGCGACUGUUAACCUUAUGACGUACGCGUAUGCAAUACAUCAUUGCUUUGAAUGAGUCGUUGCUACACGCAGGAAUUAGUCCAGAGCUUCAAAACAGAAGAUCGAACCGUGUUGCUUAUGUAACGAUACAAUGUAAUUGUACUCUUCGAACAUAUAUCUAUUCAAAUUCAAACGUAAAUUACAGAGCUUACGUUUUGACAAAGUCUUCUCGGUGCAGCUCUGCAAAGAAUAAUUUUGAUUUAAAAAAAAAACAACAGCACUUUUAAAAAUAACACAAUGGAGCCGCAGAACAGGACCAGCGCUGGGGAGCCUGGCCGGACUUCAACCGAAGCCCUCGUCGGUGCCAUGGCUGGAGGACAACAGCAGCGGCCAAGGGAGGAAGAGACCUACUUGAGGGACGCGGAGGAGGGAUCCAACCUGACGGACCCUACGGCCAAGGGCGGCCAAACAGAGGCAGCGGCGGCGGCCGCGCCACUGCCGCCGCCGUACACCGAGAUUGACCUGUCGGCGAUACAGACUCAGCCCGGGGCUCCGCCGCCUUCCUACGUCGUCUACCCACCGCCGCCGCACUCCGCGUGCCCCGCUUACCCCAUAGAAAGCAAUCAGCUGGCGGUCGAGUUGCCUGCGCCCGGGAUCUACGCGGCAGUGGUGCUCCGCGAUGUCCCCGCGCAGGUGCGCUGCCCCAAGUGCCAGUUCUUCGGUUGGACCACGACGCACAACACCAAUGGAGGCUUCUCCUGGCUCCUUGCCACUUUGUUCUGCCUCUUCGGGUUUUAUUUCUGCUGCUGCCUCAUUCCCCUGCUGUUCCCCACCUUCAAAGACACGCAGCACCACUGCUCCAACUGCAAGGCUUACAUUGGAACUUACCGCCGCAUGUAGCGCCCCGUCGUCACAUCAACCCGGGUGCGUGCACAGACGAAAGGAAUCCUGUUGAUAUUGUACGUCAUGAGAUCCAUACAUUUUCAAUUUGGAAUUCUUCGUCAGAGAAGAGCCUCGGAAGGUGAUGUCGCACAACUCCUUCUGAGGUCAACUUCAGCAAUAAGCCUCUUCAGCCACGUUUUGGGAUACACCUGCCCUGCAAAGAGUGUUCAUCUCAUGCCAAUUAAAUCGAUCUUUUUUUAGUUUCUGAAAUCUUUUCCGAAUGAGUUGAACGCCAAAUGUAUUAUCGUGAUGUUUGUUUUAGUCUGAAAGGUGCACGUUUGCGAGACAGCAAGAGAAGCACGGACGAAAGCGCAUAUGAAGGCUUAGGGACGUGGCUCGAAUUACGAGAAGCCAGUAAGUUUGGGCAGGAAAUGUCACGAGAAGGGAUAUUGGCUGGUGAUCAAGAAUAAUAUUAAUAAUAAUGGUGCGUGUCCGAGGGAAUGUCCAGCGAGGAGAAGUGAUGAAAUAAGCUCAUGUACAGGGGCUACAUCGAUAACUGCAUCGCCCAGAAGUGGUGGCAGUGGCUUGAGGAGGUGUUCAUGCAGCUGUGGCUUGGUCAUGUCCGAUGGUGAUAAACUGAUGCAAACUUAGGCCUCUAAUAUUUGAGUCCCUCUGUUUAUGACACCGAUACAACUAUCUGGCUGACAGGCAUUGGUGGUAAGAGGUCUCAACUCUCAAUUUGAAGGUUGUCAAUUAAAAUGCUGUUGAGGGGUCGACUCAUUCCAUAAUCCCUCUGUGGCAUAAUGAAAUGCGUGUCACUUCGUAUGGAGGGAACAGUGGUUAUCCCGGAUAUACUGGCUCCCAUCAUAGCAAUAUGGAAUUAACUGGCACCAAACCCAUGCUGUUUGAACUUGCUAGCCACAGUAGCCUGUUGACUUGGCUUAUCGCAAUGCGCCGGUUGGCAUUAUAAGCCUGCCAGGAACUCCCUAAAUUGGAAGACGGGGCUAUAAAUAGAUACCACUGGGAGCAGCCGCAUAAGUUGUGCUAUUGCACCCCGUGGAUUGUUCGUGUAACAUGGACCUGAUUUCCAAUUAAAUGUAUUGAGAUAUAAGUGUGUAGACGCACUUAUGAAUCAAAAGCUGUGUUCUGCAACAAUUGGAAAUGCUGCACUCAUCACGUGUUUUUUUCUUUCAUUUUGCGCUUUUGCUCACAAUGACCUUCAACUUCAUAUAUCUUACCACUUUGAAAACAAAUAUUGCUUCAAUAAUUGCCUCGGACAG